AUGAAGUGCCUCGCCUCCAUUCUGGCCCUGGGCCUUGCAGCCCUCGCGUCUGCGGCUCCCCUUGAAGACCGCGAUGCUCCGCAGACGGUCCAUCUCACCUUCCACGGCGGGCCGGCCGAGUACUCGAUGGCCUUCCCGGCCGACGGCAACCUAUACCCAACCAACAACAACAUCGCCGUCAACAUCAUCGACGCGCCCGACUACAACGCCUUCUACCAGUGCACCUUCUACACGCCGGGCGACAAGACGCUGGCCAGCAGCAUCUCGCCCACGGGCGUCGGCGAGAUCUUCGUCGGCCCGCCGCAGCCCGUCACGGGCGUGCGCUGCCUCGGCUUCUGCGUCGCCACCUACAGCGACUGCUACAACUCGCAAGGCCAGUACGUCGGCCCGUGCUGCAACGGCUUCUGCGCCGCCAACAAGUGUCGCCCCUGGGUCAGCCCGUUCUAG